UGCCGAAGUGGUUGAUAUAUUAAUAAAUUAUUGUACUUGUAUUUAUACGUAGUGACUAGUGUUUAAAUUCUCUUUGCUUGUAUUUAUAUUAUAUCGUGAAUUUUAGUGUUUACAAAAAUUUAAUGCUUAUUAUAUUUCUAUGAAAGUAACAAAAAAGCUAGAUUAAUGCGUAAUUUAUUAAUGGCUUAUGUAGAUUGUAGUCACAAAAAUGUUGAAUUAUAAAUAAAUUUUGGUGUAUUGCCGUCUUAAACAUUCGGAUGACGAUAUGCCGGUCCGUGAUGGUGUUAGGAAGACGCUGGUGGGGGCUAUUGAUGAUGGGACCAAGACUGUGCGGUUUGUGAUCUUCGAAGCCGAGAGUUCGGAGGAGCUGGCUGCACAUCAGGUCGACAAGACUGAGCUGCAGCCGCAAGAAGGAUGGUACGAACAAGACCCCAUGGAGAUCGUGACCAACAUCCGACUCUGUGCCGACAACGCUAUUGAUCAGCUUACUGAACUAGGUUAUUCCAAAGAAGAUAUAGUGACUCUAGGUAUAACUAACCAGAGGGAAACCACAGUAGCGUGGGAUAAAUUCACUGGAGAGGCGUUACAUCCUGCUAUAGCAUGGAAUGACAUUCGAACUGAUAGUACAGUAGAUGCAAUACUGGCCAAAGUGCCGGAUAGAAAUAAAAAUUAUCUGAAGAGCAUGAGCGGUCUUCCGAUAAGCCCGUACUUCAGCGCGCUCAAGAUGAGAUGGAUGAAAGACAACAUCAAGGCUGUGAGACGGGCGAGCCGGGAUAAGCGGCUUAUGUUCGGCACUGUCGAUUCGUGGAUUGUUUGGAACCUAACUGGGGGCCCUCACGGAGGUCUUCAUAUAACGGACGUGACGAACGCAUCGCGAACUUUGCUAAUGAAUUUAGAGACUCUUAAUUGGGAUCCAAUGUUGUGUCGGUUGUUCGGUAUACAUCGAGAGUCGUUGCCACAGAUCCGGAGUAGUUCGGAAGUGUAUGGAAUUGUCAAGGACGGCUCCAUUCUAAACGGGAUCACGAUAUCGGGGAUUUUAGGUAAUCAGCAGGCGGCGCUGGUCGGUCAGAACUGCCUCCAAGCCGGGCAGGCCAAGAACACGUACCGCAGCGGGUGCUUCCUGUUGUACAACACGGGCACGAGACGGGUUCAGUCCACUCACGGUCUGCUUACCACCGUGGCCUACCGCCUGGGACCCGCGCCGCCGGUGUACGCGCUAGAAGGAUCGAUAGCGGUGGCUGGUGGCGCGAUGAAGUUCCUCCGCGACAACCUGAAGCUGAUCAAGGACGUGGCAAAAGACACCGAACACAUCGCGGGUCAGGUGUUCUCCACCGGCGAUGUGUACUUCGUGCCGGCUCUCAGUGGACUAUACGCGCCCUACUGGAGAAAGGAUGCCAGAGGAAUAAUCUGCGGGCUGACAGCGUUCACAACAAAGAACCACAUUAUAAGAGCCGCCUUGGAGGCCGUCUGCUUUCAGACGCGAGAUAUACUUGAAGCUAUGAACAAGGACUGCGGGAUGCCUCUCACCAAACUGAACGUGGAUGGGAAAAUGACCUCGAAUGACCUUCUCAUGCAGCUGCAAGCCGAUCUCAUUGGAAUUCCAGUUUUGCGCGCCCACACGUGGGACAUGUCGGCGUUGGGCGUGGCCAUAAUGGCGGGCCACUCAGUGGGCGUGUGGAGUUGUGACAAAUGGAAGCAGCAUUCCACCGCCAACGAUACUUUUCUACCGACCACUACAGAUGAUGACCGCGACGCACGAUAUACCAAGUGGAAGAUGGCCGUGCAACGCUCCCUCGGCUGGGCCACGACAAAGAAAUCAAUCGUCAUGACAGGUCAGAAAAGAAAAUCUAGCACAAUACAGAGCUUUGACAUUUCAGAGCCCAAUAGCCGUAAGAACUCGAUAGACUGCGACAUAGACAACUCAGACUUAGACGAAGCAUUGCUCAACUCGGCUAGAAAGUUCUCGAUCUUUGUUCCGUUAAAAUCCCCGCAAGAUGAACACACGAUUUUAGAUGACGCGGAGUAUUUUAUGAGCAAAAAGGAGUGCGAUUAUGGAGUGUGCCAAUGUUGCCAGAAUAAAAAUAAGUGCGAAUAUAAAAUGUGUCAGUGUUGCAAAAAUAAGAAGCGCCUGCAAACCGACUGGACUACCAUUGAGGAGAUAAUUGAAAACGAUCCCGAAAUUAUUUUCGAUUCCGACGACAAUCCUAUUAUCGUUGAGCCAGCGCACGGUAUUUGCGUCGAGUCGGGGUUGCUCGGUCUAAAAAAGCGGAUGACAUUGAACAGCUUGCCCGCCAUGUUUAAAAACCUGUGCGGCAAAUCUUCGCAUACGUCAAUUUGACAGUUCCUCAAAGUAUUAAUACGCCUCGUUAUGUUGUUAGUUAAAUUAUUAUUAGUCAAUGUCUUAGUACUUACACAUGUGAUGAGACUGGAAUUUAUUAGUUUUAAUAAAAGUAUUAUUUUUGGUUGUUUU